AAAAAAAAUUAGAAAAAAAAAAAUUAAAAAAAAAAAAUUAAAAACACAUAAAAUCGGGAAAAAAGGGAAAAAAAAUUCCCUCCAGAUCCUGAACUGGGGUAUAAAAGGAGUUGUUCUACAAGGAGUGAGACAUUGUGUCUUUGACAGAUGUGCCGUCAGUACGUGUGUGUGUGAUUUCGGCGUAUUGGUUUUGGAUCACUUUCAUCUUUAUCAACAUCAAGAAUCUCAUCACUCUGCAUUCAACAUGCAUGCUUCCAACAUUCAAGUCGUGCUCCGCCUCAUGAUGGCUCUUGGAGCCUAUUCACUGGAUCCAAAGUAUAGGAGUGAAGACUUUCUAGCAUCCAGGGAGCAUGGACUGGAUACAUACAACAUUUUCCACAUCAGGCAAUGUCUGAUGUCAUCCAACAAGUUCAACCACGACCUUGCAACAAUGUACAAUGAUGUCAGCAACUGGUACUUAAAAAUUGCAGGAGAGCAUGAAGUGGGGAAGGAACUGUGUCACAAAAUCCACUGCGCAUAUGAUCUGCGUAACUGUCUCCACCCAUCAUUCACAUCGCUGGAUUUCCUUGAAGCAGUUAUUACAAAGUCAGUCGAGGUGUGCUCAUCCUACUGUCAACAUGGGCUGUCAACAACAUCUACAUCCAGUACUUCAAUCAGCAAUUGCGCCAGCAGACCCUGAAUCACCAUGUCCUUGCGGUGAUUGCAUUUUUGUCAUGAGUGUAAGGUGGAGUGUUGAGCCACUCACUAUCGCCACCAGUCGUCCCACUAUCGCCGCCAGUCGCCCCACUAUCGCCACCAGUCGUCCCACUAUCGCCACCAGUCGUCCCACCAUCGCCACCAGUCGUCCCACUAUCGCCACCAGUCGCCCCACUAUCGCCGCCAGUCGCCCCACUAUUGCUGCCAGUCGCCCCACUAUUGCUGCCAGUCAACCCACCACCGCCACCAAUCAUCCCACCAGCUGAGGCCAAGACGGUUUCAAUUUGACAGUAGCCCUCAUCACACCAAUCAGUUAAUAUCAAUUGUAUUACCAUUUG